CUUCUGACAGUGACGGAGCCGCGACACAUGGCCAGCGUGAUCAGCAAGAUCCGAACGGAGCUGAUCUCCGUCAACAACGUCUACCUGCUCUCCACCUUCCGCUUGCCCCCCAAGCAAGGCGGGGUGCUGUUUGGGCUCUACUACAAGAAGGACAACAGCCGCUGGUUUGAGGCCUCCAUUGUUGGCAAGACCAACAAAGUCCUUGUCCGGUACCUGCGUGCCGACAGCAAGAUCCACUCGGUCAACCUGCAGAAUGCCAACCUGUCGGACGGCCGCAGCCACACGGUCUUGCUGCGGGUGACCGGCCUGCAAGGCAGCAACCUGGCCAUGGAGCUGUACGUGGAUUGCAAGCAGGUGGACUCCAGCGUAGCCCUGCCCGAGAUGAAAGCCAUGGAGCUGGUCCAGUUGGAGGCGGUGGAGGUGCGGACUGGACAGAAGGCAUACCUCCGCACGCAGGGCUUCAUGGAGUCGCUGAAGCUGAUUCUGGGAGGAUCCAUGAGCCGCGUGGGGGCCUUAAGCGAGUGUCCCUUCCAGGGCGACGAAUCCAUGCAGAACACGGUAUCCAACGUGAUAAAUUCCCUCUUUGGUGAGCAAACCAAAGCCCUUGUGAAGCAGCUGACUCUCUUCAACCAGAUCCUGAUGGAACUCCAAGAAGACAUGCGCGACCAGGUGAAGGAGAUGUCCUUGAUCCGGAACACCAUUAUGGAAUGCCAGGUGUGCGGGUUCCAUGAACACCGCUCCCGUUGCAACCCGAGUCCUUGUUUCAGUGGCGUUGACUGCAUGGAGACCUACGAGUACCCAGGCUACCGCUGCGGGCCCUGCCCACCUGGCUUCGAAGGCAACGGCACCCACUGUGCCGACAUCAACGAGUGUGUCCACGCCAACCCUUGUUUUCCCGGAUCCAAGUGUCUCAACACCGCACCUGGCUUUCGCUGUGAGCCUUGCCCACCUGGCUACAAAGGGAAUCUUAUCUCUGGCGUGGGAGCUGAUUACGCCCGGGCCAGCAAACAGGUUUGCACAGACAUCGACGAAUGUAAUGAUGGAAAUAAUGGCGGAUGUGACCCCAACGCAAUCUGUACCAACACUCUGGGAUCCUUCAAAUGCGGGCCCUGCAAGUCGGGCUUCUUUGGGAACCAGACGGGCAGCUGCACCCCGCAAAAGACCUGCCAGAGCCCCAGCCACAACCCCUGUGACGUGAACGGCUACUGCCUCUUCGAACGCAACGGGGACGUCUCCUGCGCGUGUAGUGUGGGCUGGGCCGGAAACGGAAACGUGUGCGGACGGGACACCGAUAUUGAUGGCUACCCAGACGAGCCGUUGCCGUGUAUCGACAACAACAAGCACUGUUCCCAGGACAACUGCCGCCUCACACCAAAUUCAGGACAAGAAGAUGCAGACAACGACGGCAUUGGGGACCAGUGCGAUGACGACGCAGAUGGAGACGGGAUCAAGAACGUAGAGGACAAUUGCCGCCUCUUUCCCAAUAAAGACCAGCAAAAUUCCGAUACGGAUUCUUUUGGCGACGCUUGUGACAACUGUCCCAACGUGCCCAACAAUGACCAGAAGGACACGGACGGCAACGGGGAAGGAGACGCGUGUGACAACGACAUCGAUGGGGAUGGGAUCCCCAAUGGGUUAGAUAAUUGCCCCAAGGUCCCCAACCCACUGCAAACGGACCGUGAUGAAGAUGGGGUGGGAGAUGCCUGCGACAGCUGCCCUGAGAUGAGCAACCCCACUCAGACAGAUGCUGACAGUGACCUGGUGGGAGAUGUUUGUGACACCAAUGAGGACCUGGACGGUGACGGUCACCAGGAUACGAAAGACAACUGUGCAGAGAUUCCAAACAGCUCUCAGCUAGAUUCGGACAACGACGGCCUGGGAGACGAAUGCGACAACGACGACGACAACGACGGCAUCCCCGACUACGUGCCCCCCGGGCCAGACAACUGCCGUCUUGUUGCCAACCCCAACCAGAAGGAUUCGGAUGGCAAUGGAGUGGGCGAUGCCUGUGAGGAGGACUUCGACAAUGACACCGUGGCUGACCCGUUGGACGUGUGCCCAGAGAGCUCUGAGGUGACACUGACCGACUUCCGGGCGUACCAGACGGUCAUCCUGGAUCCCGAGGGCGAUGCCCAGAUUGAUCCCAACUGGGUUGUUCUCAACCAGGGAAUGGAAAUUGUACAGACAAUGAACAGUGACCCAGGCUUGGCUGUGGGAUACACGGCGUUCAACGGGGUGGACUUUGAGGGCACCUUCCACGUCAACACCAUCACCGACGAUGACUAUGCCGGAUUCAUCUUUGCCUACCAAGACAGCGCCAGCUUCUACGUGGUCAUGUGGAAACAAACAGAGCAGACCUACUGGCAGGCCACGCCGUUUCGUGCCGUGGCAGAGCCGAGCUUGCAACUCAAGGCGAUAAAGUCCAACACGGGCCCAGGCGAAUACCUGCGCAAUGCCCUGUGGCACACGGGCCACACGCCCGACCACGUGCGGCUGCUCUGGAAGGACCCACGCAAUGUGGGGUGGAAGGACAAGACCUCCUACCGGUGGCGCCUCUUGCAUCGGCCCCAGGUGGGCUACAUCAGGGUGCUGCUUUACGAAGGACCGCAGCUGGUGGCUGAUUCGGGCGUCAUCAUUGACACGACCAUGCGAGGCGGGCGCUUGGGGGUGUUCUGCUUCUCCCAGGAGAACAUCAUCUGGUCCAACCUCCAGUAUCGCUGCAACGAUACUAUCCCUGAGGAUUUUGAGCCGUUCCGCCGGAUUUUACUGGAAGGACCUUGAACGAGGGACAUCGGAGAAGCCCGCCAGCAAUGCAAAACCAGGACCUCUCUUCUCAAAGACUCCUGGCCGCCCACCCUAACGAAGUGGGCAUCGUUUCUGUGCCUUUGCCCCAAACACACACACACACACACACGCACGCACACUUUGGACUGGAAAAUGUCACUCUUUUCUUUUGGGAAAGCAAAAGUUGAUAGCCAGAGUCCAGCAGUUUUGUCUGCAGGACUCACAAAAAUCCUUGACCAAAGGAAUCAGCAAAGGAUUAUGGGGGGCAAGGGAACCAGCCAAUAGGAGAGGGCUGCUACAAAGCUAAUUCCUACCAGCAUGCUGUCUCUGCUGGUGUGUCUUUCCCAUCCCUUUGGGGAUACAUGAAUUUGCCCAUAAAAGUUC